AUGCCGCAGAAAAACCUCGUCAGCUAUAACUCAUUUAUAUCCGGUUUAACACGUCAUGGGUCUUACGAAGAAGCGGUUAAACUCUUUAGGGUGAUGCAAAAGGGUUGUGGAGGUUUCAUGUUAGAUGAGUUCACGCUUGGUAGCAUAGUUGGUUGUUGUUCUUGUUUGGGUAAUGUUAAAUGGUUACAGGUUCAUGGGGUGGCAGUUAUAGUUGGAUUUCACUCCAAUGUGAUUCUCAACAAUGCUUUGAUUGAUGGUUAUGGGAAAUGUGGGGAACCCGAUGCUUCGUUUCAUUUGUUUAGUUCGAUGUUCGAGAAAGAUGUUUUGUCUUGGACAUCAAUGGUUGUUGCAUACACUCGAGCAUCCAGAAUAGACGAUGCGUGUAAGGUGUUUGAUGAAAUGCCAAUUAAGAACAUGGUUUCUUGGACUGUGUUGAUCACGAGUUUUGCAAAAAAUGGACGUUGUUAUAAAGCUUUGGAAGCUUUUCGCGGAAUGAUUGAAGAAGGGGUAAUGCUUAGUGCACAAACUUUUGUAAGUGUUUUAGAUGCUUGUGCAAGUGAAGCUCUUAUAGGAAAAGGUAAACAAGUUCAUUGUCAAAUUAUUAGAGGUAGAAAUAUUGGCAACUUGUUUAAUGUGUAUGUAUGUAAUUCUUUGAUUGACAUGUAUGCAAAGUGUGGAGAUAUGAAAUCAAAUGAAAAUUUGUUUGAGAUUAUUCAUGUGAGGGAUGUAGUGUCUUGGAAUACAUUAAUAACUGGAUUUGCGCAAAAUGGUUGCGGCGAAGAUUCAUUGGUUCUUUUUAGUAGGAUGGUAGAAGCCAGCAUUGAACCCAAUCGUGUGACCUUUCUUGGAGUACUUUCUGCUUGGAACCAUGCAGGUUUAGUUAACGAAGGGUUAGAGUUGCUUGAUUCAAUGGAAAGGAGAUACGGAGUAAAGGCAUAA